UUAAGGACGUCGCGUCCUGCCCUCAUUCAGGUAAACUGGUUUUAAAAUUAAUUCGGGUUACUUCGAGUGUUUUACGACAUAUUUGCUCCUGUCUUCAACAAAACCUGGAGUUAUAGCUCGCACACGUCAGGCUCGGAAUGGAUGAGGCAGAAAAGUAUCAGCAGAGGCUGCAGGCCAUUGCAGAAAAAAGGCUUGUGCAGGAAGAGGAGGAGAAAGUCAGGAGGGAGAUGGAGAAGGAGUCGCUGAAACAUGCUCAACACAAGAGGAAGUAUCUGAGAGAGCAGUGGCUGAUGGAAUCAACCCCCAGCACUCCUGAGGAUCCUAACCUGCAUUCCGUGAUUCCUGCUUUGCAGUCAACAGAGCAGAGUGCAGAAAACUCAGAGAGACAGAUGAAGAAAGAAGUGGAAAAGACUGAGGUCAUAAAUGACAACUCUUCACAGAUUGGGGAGAAUGAGCCUUUAAUCCUUUCUGCAGACAACCCGGAGGAGCCUACGCAGGCCUACCUGAGAGAGGACAAGAGAAAUGUGCUUGGGGUGUUGGAGGUUGAAGCGGAGAGAAACCUGGUUUCAGAAUCAGCACAGAAGUAUACAGAGGAAAAGAGAAAAGCAAAAACAGAAGAGCAAGAGACUGAGCAGUUAGAAAUGGAUGCAGUAGAACCCGUAGAUCUACCCCACCAUUUAUUAACGCAAAUUACGACACCAGAUGAGGCCCAUUUUUCUUUAGCUGGUAAAAAAACUGAGCUAAUUAUGGCAGAAGAUGUUGCUGAGGAUGAAGAAUGGGAGAUGGUGAAUUGUGGUCCAGAAGAAGAUCUGGACCUUGUGCUGACAUCUGACUUGAUACAGGUUCAGUCAAACACAGGCUUGGAACAAAAAGGUCAUGAUGCUAUUCUGAAGGUGGAGCAGGUCUUCAUCAUGGACGAAGAAGAGGACGUAGAGGUCGGUACAGCUGAGGUGCUGAGCCUUGUUGUGUCUGAGAAGAAGUCUGAUCUUGAAGACACAUCCUGUGAAAAACCUCCUGAGCAUGAAUUACAGACUCUUUAUUUAGAAAAGGUGGCACAUGCAAGCACAUCUGCCCCUCUGAAGGAGCUGAGUAAUGUGUCAGGUAUCAUCUCUGAAGAAUCUUCAGUAGAAUGUAAACAGAAUAUGCCACACCUUCCAGCACAUACAGCACAUGCUCCUGGAGAAAUUCUUAGAGCUAAUACUGAAUACAAAGAGGACCAAAGUUUACCUAUAAGCAGGAUAGUAAAAGUUGAAUGGAAGGACACAUCAGGUCCUGAAGACGAAGUGCAUCAUUAUAUCCCAUUAGAUAGAGAAAGAGAGAAAUCUCCAGCUUUGAAGAAGGGGAAGAUGGUUGCACACGGCACUGAGCCAGAGUCAGAAAUACAAAUACUGAUGCCUCACAGUGGAACUCCAAAGAGAGCUGAAACAAAAAGAAAGACUUGCCACUGUUGCACUGUCAUGUAAGCAAGCAUUCACACGAGUAGCAUAUGUUUUCUCUUUUAUUAGAUUUCCCAUCUUAGUUUCCCUAUUUCACUGUGCAUUCUGAAUUAUAUUGUGUGAGAACAGUUUUCUCCCAUCUUCAAUAAUCGGCGUGUUGGGAGGCAAAUAUCCCAAAAAUAUCUGCGUAGAGAUGUGUGCUUUUUACAGUUAGCUUUGUUGCCCCCUGCUGCACAGACUUUGUAUUGAAAUAUGAAUUCUAAAGUUGACAAGCAAGUUUAUUCUUCAUCACCAUCAUCCUCUGGAUCAACCGUAACCCUUAGCAUCUUAAAACAUGUACUGAAGAUGACUGAAUGGCAAAAAAGUUUAUAUUGAAUUGUAAACUAAUUGUUUUUCUUUUGUUAUCGACACCAGUGUAAACACAUAUACAUAUAUAUGAGUUGUCACAUCUGUGAUAUAAAAAUAUAUCAGAUCUGUUGUGAAGUUUGCCAAAGCAAAUCUGUGCCAAACAUAUCUUAGUAUUAUGUAAGAGGCAUUGUGUAAUGUGACAUGAGAUAUAGAGAAUAUGUGCAAAGUUGCCUUUAUUAUAUUAUUGCUCGAUUGUUAAACUAAAUAAUAUGGUGUUCCAUAUGGUUAGUUAUGGCAGAAACUAUCUUGUUACUGUUUAUAUUUUUCUCUGUCCUUUUUAUCUCUGUAUGAAAGACUGUUUUUCUGAUAUCACCAAUGACAGAUAUUAAAUGCUUGUUUUAUUUAUAAGAAGUUGUUUUUAUUGAUAAAAAAUCAAUGCACAAUGAACACAAAGCACAUAGUGAGCUGGUGGUCAGUGGUACAACCUUGUGAUACUGAUUGGCAUGUGGGGCCCUUAACUCCCCAGCUCAGUUGUAUAAAUGAGAUAAAUGUAAAUUAUAUUUUUGUCUUUAACACCAUAGUAAAAAUUCAAGCAGCUAAGCCAAGACCUCUACGAAAAACUGAAGCUAAACCUAGAGAACCUUUGUGGACUAAAAUGAAGCAUGUUAGCCUGCAACCCUGAUUGUGUUAUACCAUUUCUUUCAGGAGGAAUCAGCAAUAGUGUAUGUGUGUGUCUGUGUGUGUGUGUGUGAAAUGUGUGGAAUUCUAAAAAAUUGCAAUUAACCUAAGUGUAUGUAAAACUUUGGCCUCAGCUGUAGUUAUUUGUGUUACUGUUGUUUCCAUAUGGCAUCAGAAUAAGAGAAGCAAACAUGCAAAACAGCAUAUUUAAAUAAAUAUUUCUUUAAUUAAUAGUUUUUUUGCUGCCAAAAUCCACUAGAUACUGUAUGUCUCGGUUUAAUGUAUUUUUGGGCAUUGUCAGCUGCUUAUUUCUGGAUUUAUUUAUAAUAAAUGAUGAGAUAUUAACAGGUUUUAGGUAGUGGACUCAAGAUUUUGGACCACAUAGCAUAAAGAAUCUCUUCUAAACACUUAAAAUAAUUGCUCCAAGUGGGAAAUGUGCCAUGACUAUGAGGAGAAGCUCUUGAUAUUUAGCAUGCUUAACACAAACCAGAGACAUCUGUCCUGUUUCUGGCUAAUGGAUGUGGAUGAAAAAUUCCUUCUAACCAUUGAGGAUGAAACUCACUUGGAUGCCUUUUGGUGUAUGUGCAAACACAUAAUGUGGCUCUUUAAAACAUCACAAAGUUAUGUGUGACAUCUGUUUUUUUGUUUUGUUUUGUUUUUUUUUUAAAUCUGUUGUUAUAUAGUC